CAGCGUUCAGUUGCAAUACACUGCUCGACUCCACGAAGAUAUAGCUUUGAAUCAUCGAACUGUUGAGACGCAAUUUGUCGUUGAGAAAAGAAACUGGGAUAGCGAGCCAGCCAACCUAACGGAAAGACGUAGCAGACUACAGUGGUGACGUAAAGCGGGCUUUGUAUUUCCUCACGUGCUGACAUGGCGCUCCACAUGGGGCAGUGUUUUUCGCUGUGACUAGCGUUGCAGCUGGAUGUUUGGUGCACUAUUUUGCCCGCGUCUUCCUUGGUGGAAACAGUUCUUCCCUCUCGUACCUGAGCCAAUAUGCCUGGUCACGAUAAUGACGCCGUUCAAUAUACCCCACUCCUGCAAGAAAUGGAGGUGGAGGAGGCCAUAGGCAUAGGCUAUGGACCAGCCAAUCGUUCUCAGUCGCAGCAGAAAGGUGUGGGUCCGAUGAACAGGACGAGAUGGUGUAAUGUCGUUGUGAUUGGAGUGGUCUGCUUUGCUGUAGUUGGUGCACUCAUAGCGCCCCUCUUUAUCAAUUCACUAACCCCCCGUCGGUACGUGGUCGACGUGACAGCCGUCGUGGAAGAAAGCACUUCAACCGUGGCAGCGAAGAGCGAAAUGCAGCCCGUAUCAGGGAGUUCAAGUACCAAAGCUUCGACUUUUAGUGAUCAUAUCUCGUCAGCUUCCCCCAUAUCUGACUCGGGAAUUCCUGCAUCCAAACCAAAUGGCACUCGUCCUGGCUCCAAUGACACCUACGUGCCAGUAACCGCAAAGAUCUCAACCAACUCAAUUUUGAACUCGACCACAGCCCCAACCCCCCCGAGCACGAGUGUCGUAGAUCCUAAGUCUAGUGCCGGAGCUGGGGGGGUGCACGACGCCUCGACUUCCCCUCACCCUAUCACACCAUCUGUCUCGACCGAGGCCCCCGCAGUCACCAGUGCGAAUGGGAAUGCGAGCACUGAGGAGUUUCAUUCCUAUGCACUCACUAGUCAUUCGCUCGUGAAAACUGGGAAUACCUCUUCUGCGAAUCACACUGUGACCGAAAUGACUGAAAAUACUGUUCAAACUAUCUCUUUACUAGAGAAUUCCACCACGACCAUUGCACCUGGAAAUUUCACGACGACCGGACCAGGGAAUUCCACGGUGAUGCCGGAAGACGUCCCGCCGAAAUUGCCGGACCCGACGACGAUGAUCGCGGUGGCAUCGGCAACGAUCGCGUUUCUUAUCGUCGUCAUCGCCAUCGUCCUCAUCACGCGGCUGAGGCAGAGGAUCCGAGAAAGCCGUGCUCUCCGAUAUGGCCACCAGAUGUCGCCGGGAGAAAGCGGGUACGUCCCCGACAGGUCAACGCUGCUCGAGAAGGCGUCGGAUACGGACGAUGAAGAUCACGUGCACCUCGCCGCUGCAAGGAGGCAAUGGAAAUAAAAUCCAUGAGGGUUUGGAGUCCGAAUACCUGGAUCCUCGGCCAUACCAAGAUUUAGUCGACCAGUCACCACAUCCUGUGAUCUCCUGGCUUCCACGAAUAGGGAUUUUUAGUGUAUCCUUCUUUUUCAGUCUCACCUCUCAAGAGUUGGUGGGCCUGUUGUAGGGUUGACGAUUGAACUCUAUGAAACGACAUUUUAAUGACUCCCGACAUUGAAUUCCACGCUCUUUUUUUUUGUUGGAAGUUGUUGACAUUUCAGGAUUUUACUCUCUUCACAUUGCACUCCGUUUGAAACUGUGGAGUCUCGUUUGAAACUGUGGAGUCUAAACUUACCACGUCUUGUGUGAACUUUUGCAAUGCUAGUCAUGAUUUAUUUUAUGCCCAAAGAGAACCGUUGGGCAUUGGGUGAAGGUUGAGUGCCUUUGUAUUUUAUGGGAGCAAAUGUUCCAUGUUGAAAUUGUAUUGAAGCAUUUCCUUUUCUCCUGGAAAUAAAUGUGAUCUUUAGUAA